AUGCCCGGGGUUCCCGGAGCGCUCGGCCCGGAGGUGCCGGGGGGUCCCCAGGGUCGGUGCAACAUUCCCGGGAUCCCCGCGGUGCCCGCCCCGGGGCCGGAGGUGCCGGAGGGUUCCCAGGAUGCCGGGGUCGGUGCAACAUUCCCGGGAUCCCCGCGGUGCCCGCCCCGGGGCCGGAGGUGCCGCCCGCGCCCCGCCCCGCUCGCAGCGGAAGCGCCACGUCAGGGGGGCGGUGCGGGGCGGUGCGGGGAGGUGCCGGUGCCGGUGCCGGUACCGGGCUCGGUGCGCUGCGGGGGCCGUGCGGGGCGGUGCGGGGAGGUGCCGGUGCCGGUGCCGGGCUCGGUGCGGGGGGCGAUGCCGGGCGCGGUGCGUGCUGCCCUGCGGACGCUGUGCCUGGCCGCGCUGCUGGGCGCGCUGGGGGCCGGCGGCACGGAGCUGACGCUGGAGCUGCCCGACAGCGCCCAGCGCUGCUUCCACCAGGAGCUGGAGAGCGGCAUCAAGUUCACCCUCGACUACCAGGUGAUCAGCGGGGGACACUAUGAUGUGGACUGCUACGUGGAGGACCCCAACGGCAAGAUCAUCUACCAGGAGACCAAGAAGCAGUACGACAGCUUCUCGCACCACACCGAGGUCAAGGGCGUCUACACCUUCUGCUUCGGCAACGAGUUCUCCACCUUCUCCCACAAAAUUGUCUACUUCGACUUCCAGGUGGGCGAUGAGCCGCCCAUCCUGCCCAGCAUGAACAACCGCGUCACUGCCCUGACACAGAUGGAAUCCGCCUGUGUCACCAUCCACGAGAUGCUGAACGCGGUGAUCGACUCCCAGACCCACUACCGGCUGCGGGAGGCGCAGGACCGGAGCAGGGCUGAGGAGCUCCAUGGACGCGUCUCUUACUGGUCAGUGGGGGAAACCCUCAUCCUCUUCGUGGUCAGCAUCGGGCAGGUGAUGCUGCUCAAGAGCUUCUUCACCGAGAAGAGGCCCAGCAGCGGCGGAGCUGGCAGCUAGAGCUGCUGCGUUGUGCCCGAGCGCAGCGGGGAGCGGCGCGGCUGCGGGCCCGCGCUCGCACUUUCCCUCCGGUCCUGGUGGGAGCAGGGGGGACGUGGCGCUGCCGAGCUGGGUGACAGGCACCCAAGUACCGGGGUCCCCCGGCAUCGCCUCCCCCUGCCAUCGCCCCACCUACCCUGUCCCCUCGCCUGGCCACCCUGUCCCUGUUCUCUGGCCCCUCUGGGAAGCGGGUGGGACACAUCAGCACCGGGGCACCCUCGUGACUGCGAUGAGCACGCGCUGCCCCUCGGUGCCCCGUGCAGCCACCAAGGGGAUGGGGCAGCGCUGGCCCACCUGGCACCCACGCAGGGCUGCCAGCCCCAGGACAGCUGCCCGUGGGCACCCAGCUCUGUCUGCACCCCACUCGUCCUGUGGCCGGCUGGGUGCUCCCAGCAGCGGGGCCGCAGCAACAGCAGCAUCCAACAAGGGAAGGGUUUUUGCUGGGAGAUCCGUGGCUCUACCAGCUCCUCCCCUCGCAGCAUUCCUCAGGCUGGCAGCAGGUGGUGUGCCCGUACCGGGUGAUAUUUUCAUACUCACACGAGACUCAGCCCCCUCACACAUCCCCGCGUCGAGGAAGCCCCAUCCCUGCCCCAGAAGCACAGAGGACCCACGCACACCUGGGACUGCAGCCCCUCAUUCCCCUGAGCCCCACAAAAUGGAGACCCCCACAAGACCCCUGGAGUGACUGGUGUGCUGGCCCUCCAGCCCUCAAGCAGGCGUGAGAUCAUUUUUCAGAGCUGAAGCAACUCCACCAGACUUUUCCUUUACCACUUUCAAAUAAAUCCCUGCAAGCACG